CGGCCACAAAUCGCAAUUUCUAUACGGCAGCGUACCUAACGCCGCUCAGUAUCGCAACAAUGUUGGUCACGGGAUGUCUGUUUACGAUAGCACUAGUGUUCGGGACGUUGGUCACGUUCACGACUGGACUUACCGACUGGCAGCACAUCUCUUCGUUCAAACAGCAGACCGACUAUGGUCGCAUGUGCUAUCGGACCGUCCAAAAUCCGUACGUGUACUUCGGCACAAAGACCACUUACGGUGCGGUGGCCGGCAACGACUUACAGACUCCGCCAGACUGCCGACCGUUACAAGUGUGGAUGGUAUCCAGGCACGGUACACGUUAUCCAUCGAAAAAAAAGAUCGAAGAACUUAAGAAGUUGAACGAGCUUAAGACAAUGAUAACUGCCGAAUCGACUAUGUGUCCUGAGGAUAUCGUGGCCAUCAAGAACUGGAAUACCAAUCUUACCAAAGACGACCAUUACAUGCUACAAAGACAGGGUGUAGAGGAACUCAAGUCGCUGGCCGUGCGGCUCAAAAGACAAUUUCCACAGAUAUUCAAUAACCCAUACACUGAAAACAACUUCAAAUUUUUGACUUCACAUAAACAACGCGCCAAAGACAGCGCUACUGUGUUUUAUCAAACAAUCUUUAACCGAAACCCUGAAAAUGAAUUACCGAUCGUCCAAACAUCCGAUGACAGAUUUUAUCUGUAUAAGUGCAAGCAAGGAGAAGACGAUGACGACGACACAAAGGGACAAGGAGAAGUGAAAAAGUUCGAGGACGGCCCACUCGUGAGGUCCGUUGUGUCCAGGGUAUCUAUGGCAAUGGGCCUUAAACAAAACCUCAGUUAUGAAAAUGUUUCAUUGAUGUUGGAGUCUUGCAAGUAUGAGAAAGCUUGGUAUAUACAGUCGCGACCACCAUGGUGUGCCGUAUUUACGCAGUAUGAUUUAGAAAUCCUUGAAUACAUAGAAGAUCUCAAAUAUUACUAUGCCAAUGGGUAUGGAAAUUCUAUUGGAGAGAGCAUGGGAUGCCCUAUUGUGAAGGACUUGAUAGACAAUUUCAAGAACCUUGCCAGAGGAAAAAAUGGACCAUUAGGACUAUUUUACUUUGGUCACUCGCCUAACGUUUUGAGUGUGGUAGCCAGGUUAGGCAUCGGAAAAGAUAAUACACCAUUACUGAGUACUAACUUUGAACAGAUGAAAACUAGAAAAUGGAGAACAUCAUUUAUAGAUCCGUUUGCAUCAAAUGUAAUAGCAGUAUUCUACAAAUGUAGGGAUGGAAAUAAAGCCAUGAUCUUCCUCAAUGAACAUAGUAUACCGAUGGGUAAAGAUGAUUGUCGAUCAUGUCCAUGGGAACCAAUCGAAGCACAAUUUAAUGCAAUAACCUCUAAUAACCAAACAUGUAAUUUAGAUAUGUGUAAAAACUCUGCAAUUUUAUCCUCAAUAAAUUUAGUUGUAGUCAUAUUUGCAUAUGUAAUACAUGAGCUGUGUAUUUAAAAAUAUUUUUAGUUCAUCAUAUAAAAUUGAACAUAAAUGAAAUACUAUUUUAAUAGUUAGUCUUUGUUUAAAUUAUCCAAUGCAAC